UCUAUUGCUUCAGCAGACAUGGAUUUGAAUCAGCUGGAGGCUUUUCUCACUGCCCAAACCAAAAAACAAGGUGGCAUCACAUCAGACCAAGCUGCAGUCAUUGCAAAAUUUUGGAAGAACCACCGAAUGAAGAUCCAUGAGAGCCUGAUCAAUCAGAGCCGUUGGGAUAAUGUCCUGAAAAACAUGAACUGGAGAGUGGAUCUGAAGUCACAGUCAAGACACAUUGAUCAGAUAAACACUCCUGUUGCAAUAGUUGAAAUGGAACUGGGAAAAAUUGGGCAGGAAUCGGAGUUCCUCUGUUUGGAGUUUGAUGAGGCCAAGGUGAGCCAGAUGCUGAAGAAGCUCUCAGAAAUAGAGGAGAGCAUGAACUCAUUGACUCAGACCACUUAACCAAAUAAAGAGAUUGGAACUC